AUGUCAGGUGCACCAGACCUGAGACAUGGACAGCGUCCAUACAUGAGUAAGGCAUCCACGUGGAGUGUUGAUGGUUUUCUACGCAUCGCAUACGAUGCUGUAGCAGAGACCCUGCCGGACCAGUACACCACUUUCAACAAGGUGUACAAGGAGAGAUGGUCUGACAUAUUGAGGUUCCGAGCCCGCUCGCUCUUCACAUCUUGUGAAGUGUGUUGUGCCUUCAAGGCUCAGCUGCAAGACCGGUCGCUGACUUUUGAGCAAAAAUUAGGAUGCCUUCAAGGAUAUAGGUCGCACCUUCAUGACCAGUAUUGCGACAGAACUGUGAUAUGGACUCUGCAAAGCGAGGGAAGUGAUCCUAGAUCAUCGAUUCUACUUAUUUGUACUGAUGGGCUUGACCAAGCCAAGUUCUCAUUGCCAAGAGACCCUCAACUUCGCUCCAAUGCCGGGUUGGCCAAACACCAGCGGCCACGAUUGAAGAUCCAUGACCUUCCUGAAGCUCUGGCCAACAUGGUGAAUUCUGGAAGCUUUCGUGGGAUAGCGAAUCCUCAUGAUGUGGUGUCCUUGAUCAAGAAGCACAUCUGUGACCCAACUUUGUCACAACCCCCUCUGCUGGUUCUCUCCCACCACC